AUGGAGACAGAUCAUCGAUCAAGAGGUCUUUUAAGUGUAGCUGACGUUAUGGGGACUUCAGACCCAUCUUCCAGGAAAACUAAAAUAGUCUGCACCAUGGGCCCUGCCUGUUGGGAAAUUGAUAACCUAGUUAAGAUGUUGGAUCUUGGUAUGAAUAUCGCAAGACUCAACUUUUCCCAUGGCGACCACAAAGGCCACGCAGAAACUGUCAGAAGAAUUCGUGAAGCCUGCAAACAGCGCCCUGAAAAGGUCUGCGCUAUCAUGCUUGAUACCAAAGGCCCAGAAAUCAGAACAGGAGAGCUAGAAGGGCACGGAACCGUCCAAUUAAACGCUGGCCAAGAAUUAACGAUCACGACAGAUUACACUUUUCUAGGCAAUCAUGAUAUGAUAGCUUGCAGCUACCCAGAUUUGCCAACUUCUGUCAAAAUUGGAGGCACUGUGCUUAUUGCUGAUGGCUCUAUUGUCACUGAAGUCACUGAAAUUGGGGACACUUGGGUCAAAGUGUUGGUCAAAAAUAACGCCAAGGUCGGAGAAAAGAAAAACAUGUGCUUGCCUGGGUGUAUUGUAAAUUUGCCAACGAUUACUGAAAAAGAUGAAGACGAUUUAGAGAAUUUCGCACUGAAAUAUAACGUAGACUUCAUUGCUGCAAGCUUUGUGAGAAAACCUUCUGAUGUAGAGACUAUUAGAGAUAUUUUAGGACCUAGAGGUGCCCAUAUAAAAAUCAUCAGCAAAAUUGAGAACCAUGAAGGGCUUGAGAACUUUGAAGAAAUUUUAAAAGCAACUGACGGGAUUAUGGUAGCAAGAGGAGACUUAGGUAUGGAAAUCCCAGCUGAAAAAGUAUUUUUGGCUCAAAAAAUGAUGAUUCAGAAAUGCAAAAUUUAUGGAAAAUCGGUGAUUACAGCUACUCAAAUGCUGGAAUCAAUGAUCAACAACCCAAGACCUACUCGUGCUGAAGCUAGUGAUGUAGGAAAUGCUGUAUUGGACGGAACUGACGCCGUCAUGCUUUCAGGAGAAACAGCAAACGGCCAAUUUAAUCUCAACGCUAUUGAAAUCAUGGCCAAAAUCUGCGUAGAAGCUGAAAGAUGCAUUGAUUACUCCCAAGAGUUCUAUAAAAUCAGAGAAUCAAUCCCUUGGAGUCUCAGCACAACUGAAGCCGUCUGUUGUGCAGCUGUCAGAACUGCCCUUGACCUCAAUGUACAUUUAAUUAUUGCAGUUACAGACACCGGCUCCACCCCUCUUCAAAUCGCCAAAUUCAACCCUCCAAUGCCUAUUCUUUGUGUGAGUAUGAGCCAAGCUACUAUCAACCAAAUGACUAUUGUCAGAGGUGGACUCACCCUCAAAGUCCCAUCAUACGAAGGCACUGACAACUUAUUAAGAUAUGCCAUCGAAGUGGCCAAAUCCAGAAACCUGGUCAAGUCAGGAGACACUGUUAUCGCUAUUCACGGCAAAUCUGAAGCUGACGUUAACAGAGCCAACAUCAUGAAGAUUUUAGUGGUCGACGAAGCAGAUGACUAA